GCAAAGAGUUGGGUGGGUUUCAGAGGGUUUUGGCGAUCAGAAAGAGAGAGAAAGAGAGAAUUUUCAAAAGGUAAAUUAAAACGGGUAGAGUUUAAAACCCAAAAGGAUUUGUUUGUUUCUUGGGAAAAUAUGGGAUAGAGAAUGAGAGAAAGUUUGGUGUGAUUUUGGAAAGAAAAAGAAAAACAGAACAAAAUAAUUAUUCUCUUACAGUUAUCCCUCCGAUCUUUACAUUUCUGCCAAUUUUGCUUUUUCUUCGGAAAAAAGUUCCAGCCUUGAACGAUAAUUCACUGUCAAGAGGAAGCUUAAGGGACUUACAAGGAGGACGGUUUUUUUUUUUUUUGAAUGGAUUGAGAUGCUUUGUUGAUAUGUUGUUCUUGGUGUGAUCUCUGAGAUAUGGUGUUGCAGAAGAGGUUAGAUUACGGAUUUAAUGGCUAUCAGGUGCCCUAUACGCCUAGAGCUACCAGAUCAGCUAGGAGGAGAAGUGCUUUCAAGAAGCGAGGUGAAGACAAUCAAAUGUGUGCAUUUGACUUACUGGCCACCGUAGCUGGAAAGUUAUUGCUUGAUAAGCAAACUCCCCCUACUUCCAGUAAUGCAUCAACUGAUGAAAAUCAGUCUGCUGUUGUAAAAGAUUCUGAAAACAAAGAAAAGCAGGAUGAAAAUAAACAAUUGAAAGUAGAAACAUCUGAUCAAGGAAGCUGGGAUAGGGGAUUCUUUGUCUCUGAGCUUGUCUCACCAGCUCAAGAUCAGAAAUAUAGUCUUAAGGAAUCCCCGUGUAACCAGGAAGACGCCCCUUUGGGAUUUGCCUCUGUAAUUACAACUUCUGAUUGCUCUGAGGGUUUUAGUGAUCAGAAGUUGGUGAAUGGCAAAGCCAAGAAUGAAAUGGGAAUCUUAGCUAGCAAAGUAGAGGUAGGCCCCUCUGGGUACAGGGAGUAUGGGGAUUGUAAAAUAGAGGUUGAAACUAAAAAAUUUAUAAAAGAUGAGUUACAUAAGACUGGGAAGGUGCAAUUUGGUACUAAGGUUGAUGGGUGCAGUUUAGAUGAUCCAGUGGUUUGGGAUGGGAAACCUCCUGCAGUAGUUAGUUCAGAUAGUAGUCCCAAGUUGCCUUCUUGCAGGGACCACAGUCCCCAUAGUUCUUUUCCCGCAAGCCGGGAUUAUGUAAAUGUAUUUAGUAGAGAUGAUGACGAAAAAUCUUCUGGGUGUACUCACCCAAACACCACAAAAAAAUCCUUUAGGGCAGCUCCACGUAUUGGAGACAGGAGAAUAAGGAAAAUAUUGGCUUCUAAAUAUUGGAAAGUAGGCCCAAAAUUGAAGGAUGUAACACUUUCUAAUACUGAUGGUGAACUGAGGACUGUUUACAGAACUAGGAAUAGCUGUUACAAAAGCAUAAGAUCUGAAAGGAAUUAUCCUAUCAAGAAAAGGAGACUUUUUAACUAUAGCUCAGUAUCAAAUUAUGAUGGAGGAAUAAGUGGUGAGGACAUUUGUGUUUCACCAAAGAGGGUCAUGAAUGGAGAUGUUUCUGGUUUGUGUUCGAAGAUGCAUGAAGCCGCUGGAGCAUCAUCUUCAGUAGCAGGUCCGCAUACAACCUUCCGAUCUAGGGAUUCUCACGUGAAGCUUAGGAUCAAGUCUUUCAGGGUGCCAGAGCUUUUUAUUGAAAUGCCGGAAACUGCAACUGUUGGUUCACUGAAGAGGAGGGUUAUGGAGGCAGUGAAUGCCAUACUUGGAGGUGGAUUACGUGUUGGUGUGCUUCUUCAGGGGAAGAAGGUUAGAGAUGACAACAAAACACUACUUCAGACUGGAAUAUCUCAUGAUAAUCAACUUGAUGCCUUGGGUUUUAGCCUGGAGCCCAACACUUCACAGACUCCCCCAACUCUGUGUUCUGGAGAUUAUCCAUUUAUGCUUUCUUGUGAUACACCUGAGCCUCUUACCAGGUAUACAUCCACUUCAGGUAUCAUUCAGCAGGGCACUUGCGAUGUUGCACCCGAGCUGCAUGUGACUAACAUAAGCAACUUCAUUGAAAGUGAUCAUGAUUCAGCACCCUCUCCUACUGACAUGUCAAUUGACAAUAGCACAAAGGAUUCUAAAGCACUGGUCACUGUUCCUGCAAUGAGUGUAGAGGCUCUAGCUGUUGUUCCAGUGCACCGUAAAUCUAAGCGUUCUGAGAUCAUACAACGCCGAAUUCGUCGACCUUUCUCUGUUGCUGAAGUUGAAGCACUUGUUCAAGCAGUUGAGAAACUUGGAACUGGAAGGUGGCGUGAUGUUAAACUGCGAGCUUUUGACAAUGCCAAGCAUAGAACUUACGUGGAUUUGAAGGACAAAUGGAAAACGCUAGUGCACACGGCAAGAAUAUCCCCUCAACAAAGGAGGGGAGAGCCUGUCCCACAGGAACUUUUGGAUAGGGUUCUAACUGCCCAUGCUUAUUGGUCUCAGCAACAGGCCAAACAACAACUCAAGCCACAGCCUGAGACUUGCCUUCUCGUGUGAGUCUUGAUGGGUUUAGAGAAGGAUGGUCUAAUUGGAAUUUUUUUUUUCUUUUCUGUGUAUUUUUGUUAUGAUUUAUGUAAAAAGUUAUCAAAAGGAAUAGAAGAAGUAUGAAGAUAUCCAUGUUAUAUUCUCCCUCGCAC